GCAGCUCAGUUCCAGUGCAAGUCUAAUCCUGUUUUGAACGCAGCUCCUUUCACUUCAAGCUGCUCAGCACAGAAGCUCACAUCUGCCUGCUGAAAACUGCCGGGUUCUCCCAAAAACAAACGGCUCUCUGGACACACAGAUUCCUGACAGAAUUGAUUUUAAGCGAGAGUUGAAGAAUAAACUUGCACUUCCAACGCAAGUCUGACUAAAUCUCAACACUUUUUGGAUUAGUUAUGUUUUUUUCUUCCAUGGUGGAAUCAUGAACACCGAAAGGACUAGUUUGUGACGAGAAUUCUCGUUACGGAGCAAUGGAAACAGCGCAUGUUGCAUUUGUUACUGCAACUCCAACAGUAACCGCGACUAGCCCUGCUACAACAUACCUGAGCAGAAUGUUCGAGCAGUACCAAAGCAACGCGGUCAUCGUAGCCCACUACAACUUCACAGGAAAGCUGAAUAACAACAGGUACACGCAAGGUAUGAAAACUGUUGAUAUUGCGUUCCUUAUUAUCUGUCUGCUAAUUGUGCUUGAGAACACAGUGGUUCUUGUAGCUAUUUGGAAGAAUAAAAAGUUCCACCUGCCCAUGUACUACCUUCUGGGCAACCUGACUUUCUCAGACUUGUUGGCAGGAUUUGCGUACAUGGUGAAUAUCAUAACAUCAGGUGCCAACACACUCCGUAUGACACCUGUCCAAUGGUUCAUUCGAGAAGGAGGUGUUUUCAUCACAUUAGCUGCUUCCAUCAUUAGCCUCCUGGCCAUUGCUAUCGAACGGCACGUUACUAUGGUGAGGAUGAAGCCAUACCAGGGGGCCAAGCGUGGACGCAUGUUUGCUCUGAUUGGCAUAAGUUGGGUGCUCUCAAUCUUUCUGGGUCUGCUACCCAUUAUGGGCUGGAACUGCAUGGGCAUCCUGGACCAGUGCUCAACCGUCCUGCCGUUGUACUCCAAGAGCUUCAUUCUCUUCUGCAUUACAGUCUUCUCUGCUGUAUUACUGACGAUUGUCAUCCUCUACGUCCGCAUCUUUCGUGUUGUAAAGUCCAACACGCAGCGGCUGUCUGGUCCUCCACAGCGUAAAGGUUUCUUAAAGUCGUCCCAGAAAUACAUGGCACUAUUGAAGACUGUCACCAUAGUGCUGGGUGUUUUUAUCGCCUGCUGGCUUCCACUCUUUCUUCUCCUUUUGGCGGACUUUUUUUGUGCAACCCAAAAGUGCCCAGUCCUCUUUAAGGCAGAGUACUUUCUGGGACUUGCUAUGAUUAACUCAUUACUUAAUCCUAUAAUCUACACAUUAACCAGUAAAGACAUGCGUAAAGCCAUACUGAGACUGCUCUGCACCUACUGCUUGAUCACAAAAGAUGGACAGGUGAGGAAGAUUGGAAUGACGUUCCUGGAGUGCAGCACGAGUAAAGCAGAGAUGCCAUCACACAGGGUUGAGGGCCUGGAGACAGUCUCCACAGGGAACUUUACACCAUCUACUAUCAAAGCUAUUUUUCCUAAAAUAUCAAAGAGUGUUGUUUUGGGACAAUAAUAUUAAGGUUGAGUUUUACUGUAGCAUAGUAUCAUGAUGGGUAUCUUGAAAGGGCAAGCCAGUUGGUCAGUGUGUAUCGAAAAGAGCUUUUUUUAAGAAAAAGAAAAAAAGAACUGAUUACAUUGCUGUAAUAAAUUUAUUUCAAGAAAAACAUCAAAGACAGACUGCCAAAGAAAGCAUUACAACCAUCAUUAAUGGGUCUAACCAACCUUUCUUGUUUACAAAAUUACUGUGAGAUGACCAAGCUGAAAUUGCAGAUUUCAAAAACCUUUUUCAAAACUAAUAUAGUGUGAAGCAACAUGCACUUAGGAGCAAACAAUCCAAGCCUUACAAGGUGGUAGAUAUUACAGUAACUGGGAUUUUAGGGUUGUCCUCCAGUUUCUAUGAGGUUUCCAGAGUGCUUCAAGCAAAAGCAACUUGUGUCUGGUGUAAAAGUAGAGAUACAGUAUUACACUUCUGGAAAUAUUCUGGGUUUCUACACCAUAUGGCGUUCACUCAGGUCUGCUACACGAGACAUGCAAAAUUAACCUUUCAUAGAUGCUUCAUAGAUAGAGCAAGACUGAAGGUCUAUAGCAAAUAGCUCACAUAGCCUUCAGUUUAAUGGGAAUGCACUUGCGGGAAUUAAUGUCAGUUUCAUUAUCAUACUAACAAAUGUAUUCAAGCCCUCUAUUUCUUGAGCGACUCCAAAUCCUACACAUUUAAAACAUUUUGUAGCUGAUGCAAUGAAAAAAAUAAACUGGGAUGAUGUUUUGUAGCUGAUUACAAAGCUAUUAAUUCAGUGUUAAUGUAGCCUCAUGGGCAUAUGCAUAUAAAUAUGAUUUAUAUCUUUGUCUUGUGAGUAAGAUGCAUUUGAGAAUUUUUUUUUCAGAUGGGUUGAACAUUUGCUAAAUUAUAAUAAUCAUGUACUGUUAUAAUAAAGUCUUUAUAUUAAA